AUGGACCCUGUGCUGGACGAUGAUGCCUUCAUAAUGGACAUGCUACGCGGGGAGCUAUGGCUGACGACGCGCACCAGCAAGACGCCGGAUACCAUGACCAUCUGGCCGAUGCCGGUGGACGACGAAGGGGGCCAAGGCCAUUGGGAGCGGCGCUACUCCAUCGUCGGGUACCCGCCUAGCAGUGGUGAUGGCAGCAGCCGGGUCUUGUUCUGGAAUCAACGAGUGCUCUACAGCUAUGAUGUGGCGACCUCGAUGCUGACGACCGUGUGCGAGAUGGAUCGCAUGAGGUACCAGGGUCGAACAGCACGCAAGUGGAAGCAUCUCUUCAAGUUCAAUGUUAGGCUCUACACGGAGUCUCUCGUUCCUCUCACUGCUUAG